AUGGCGCAGAUCCCUAAUUUGGAAAAUGCUCCUCUCAAUCUCAAAUCCAUCAGGGAGAAGUCUCAGAGGGAGCUCGUAAACUUGCUUAAAGACAUUCGUGGAACUAAGUGUCUAGUGAUUGAUCCAAAGCUAAGCGGUUCCGUCUCAUUGAUCAUCCAAACGUCUACACUUAAGAUUCUUGAGCAAGAAAAAGUUCAUAACCUGGUUACCGUGAAGGAGUUUCCCUUGUAUAUGGUUCCACUAGAUGAGGAUGUGAUAUCAUUUGAGCUUGACCUCUCUGAAAAAGAUUGCCUUGUCGAUGGUGAUGUUAGUUCACUUUGGCAUGUUGCAAAAGCAAUACAUGAGCUCGAGUUUUCUUUUGGAGUUAUACCGAAAGUGAGGGCGAAGGGAAAAGGAUCAGUUCGUGUUGCAGAUAUACUUAACCGCAUGCAAGUGGAGGAACCUGUCAAUACGAAUGAUGUGGGAAGGCCUGAAAUAGAUACACUCAUUCUGUUGGAUAGAGAGGUUGACAUGGUUACACCAAUGUGUACCCAAUUAACUUAUGAGGGACUGUUAAACGAGUUUUUGCAUAUCAGUAAUGGAGCUGUCGAAGUCGACUCAUCUGUGAUGGGUUCUCAGCAGGAAGGGAAAAAGAUGAAGGUUCCCCUUAAUUCAAGUGAUAAAUUGUUCAAGGAGACAAGGGAUCUCAACUUUGAAGUCGUUGUGCAGGUUCUACGGCAGAAGGCAACAACCAUGAAGGAGGACUAUACUGAAAUUAAUUCUACCCAGACAGUUUCUGAGCUAAAGGACUUCGUCAAGAAGCUUAACUCGUUACCAGAGAUGACAAGGCACAUACAUCUUGCUCAGCACCUAACAACGUUCACGUCCAAGCAGUCGUUUCUUUCGCAGCUUGACAUGGAACAGACACUUGUUGAGGCAGAAAGUUAUGACAUAUGCUUUGAGUACAUAGAAGAAAUGAUCCAUAAACAGGAGCCUCUCACUAAAGUCCUGCGUCUAUUGGUACUAUUUUCUGUCACAAACUCAGGGUUACCAAAAAAGCAAUUUGAUUAUAUAAGAACGGAAUUACUCCACAGUUAUGGGUUUGAGCAUGUUGCCGCAUUGAACAACUUGGAAAAAGCAGGAUUGUUGAAGAAACAGGAGUUUAAAAGCAACUGGCAGACAGUGAAACGUACAUUGAAACUUAUAGUUGAAGACACAGAUACGUCAAGGCCGGAUGAUAUCGCUUAUGUGUAUUCUGGAUAUGCUCCUCUUAGCAUUCGUCUUGUCCAACAAGCUAUUCAUUCCGGAUGGCGUCCAAUAGAAGAUAUUUUGAAGCUGUUGCCAGGACCGCAUCUGGAAACUAAAAGAAGUGGAUUCCCAAGUAGUCCAUCAGUUGAUUCAUUGCAUGGAGCUUCAAAUGGGGUUGCUGAUGGAAGACGCUCAGUUGUUCUUGUUGUCUUCAUUGGAGGUGUAACAUUUGCUGAAAUCUCUGCUUUACGCUUUCUCGCCUCUAAGGAAGGAAUGGCUUAUGAUUUGAUUAUUGCUACAACAAAGAUCCUCAAUGGCUCAACAUUGAUAGAAACAUUCAUGGAAAAAGCAGGCUGA